AUGGCGUCCGCAACAAGCGCAGCGUUGGACCGGGACGUUCUCUUGCAUGUCAUCGACUUCUUCGACAAACCCGGGAACCUCAGAAUCCUGGCGACAUGCGCGCGAGUUUGCAAGGCAUGGUGCGAGCCCGCAUCGCGAUGUUUGUGGAGAUACCUCCCCAGCUUGCAUCCCCUGUGGUACCUUCUUUCGAAUCGCAACUACGCUGAAAACCCUCGAAUGGCAGCGUUUUGGGAGUUUGUCGACACAGAUGACUUUGUAAAGGACGUGAUCCAGCGGCAUCCUGAUCAAUGGGCGCAUUUCCUCGAAGUAGCGUCGUUCGUGUGCGGAGCCGACUUUGCCAGUGUCUCUACGGAACUCAACCUCAUUCGUACGGUCGUGAAGUACAACGAGGGCGUUACUUUCCUUCCAUCACUUCAUACCCUCUUCUGGCGGCAUUCUGUGCCGGACGACACUACCUGCCUCCUUCUGUGCUCUCCCUCCCUCAGAUCCCUCCACGUCGGCAUCAGUCGCAUCCGCUUGACGACCACGGCCAUCGGAGCUCUUUCCAACCGCAUCACCCAAUUUUCGCCUUCCCUAGAACCUAUUCUCUCAGGAUUGCCUGCCGCCGCACCCAAUCUCGAACGUUUGACCGUUUCAGACCAUGCCGUACAAAACACGGUCACCUUCGCCCCCCACAUUGAAUCCCUCGGCAGUCUUCACGAACUAGUCCUCCGAACUAGAUCCUUCGCACUUUCACCGGCCCUCAUGCGUGGUAUCUUGGAGCACAUUCCUCAGCUCGCGGCGCUCACAACCCACAUUGCCGACUUCGCGGAGCCUGGAUCACAAGCCGUUGCUCCAGCGCUCCGUCGUCUCGACCUCUUAGAGAGUCGCUCCCCCGACCUCGUCAACUUUCUCGAGUCUGGCUUUCUCCGCGCCCCCGUCCUUGUAUCGCUCCGCAUCCGCAGCACCGACGACGAAUAUCACGCCGCGAGCGCCCAAGUGAUUCCGGCGCUCGCCCAGGCGUCCUUCGCCCCGCGCCUGCACCUCCUGGAUCUCUCCAUCUCGGGCGACGAGCUCGUCUCGCGCUCUCCCGAGCAGAACCCGACAUUCGGCAGGCUUGUGGCCCCGCUUCGCACGAUGCGCGAACUUCUUGGCGUCAAAAUCGCUCUCGGCCUACACGUCGUCAGCAUCGACGACUCGGACCUGCGCGCGCUCGCGCAGGCGUGGCCAUGCGUCCAGGAGCUCGAGCUCGGGUGGCUACCACUCGGCCCCCGCGCGGCUCCGCCGCUCGUUGCGCUCCGUCACUUCGCGGCUCUGUGCCCCGAUCUGCGGUCGCUGACGCUCACGCGGAUGAUGCUGAGUCGCAUGGAGGGGUCGGGGGUCGAGGAGAAGAAAGAGAAGGAGAAGGCGCACCCGUUGACGUGGUUGAACGUGAAGUCCUUCACCGGCGACGACGAUCCGGAAGCUAUAGCGCGGUUCUUGGACAAUCUGUUCCCCAACCUAGAGCUUGCGGAUCCUGAACCGGUCAAGGAUCCUGCUCCAAACAACAACAUUAUCAACUUCCAGCAUGAGUCCAGCCGGAUCACCGUCGAGCAGCGUAUCAGGAGGUUGCGAGAAGCGCGCCGAUGA